AUGAUGACAUCAGACGAAGCUAAUAUUAAAUUCCUACAACACCUUAAAUUACUACUUGUAAUUCCUACAACAGUUGAGCAAUGUAAUGAACUUGCAAAUCAUGAUUGGUAUUUGGCGAAACUAACGCGACUAACUGACGGUUUUACAUUUCGAUGUCGUCGUUGCUUAGGAACUAAAUCUAUUCGGAAUGGUACAUUUUUUGAACUUUCACAUCUACCAUUAAAUUCAAUAUUCGAGCUUAUGUAUUACUGGAGUCGUCAACAAGAUUCGCNACAACACCUUAAAUUACUACCUGUAAUUCCUAAAAUAAUUGAGCAAUGUAAUGAAUUUGCAACUCAUGAUUGGUAUUUGGCGAAACUAACACGACUAACUGACGGUUUUACAUUUCGAUGUCGUCGUUGCUUAGGAACUAAAUCUAUUCGGAAUGGUACAUUUUUUGAACUUUCACAUCUACCAUUAAAUUCAAUAUUCGAACUUAUGUAUUACUGGAGUCGUCAACAAGAUUCGCUUGAUCAUUUAAUGCAUGAAUUAGAUAUUGGAUCCACAAAAACGGUCGUAGAUUGGAAGAACUUUUGCCGCGACGUUUGUGCGGAAUAUUUUCUUAGAAAUCCUGUACAAAUCGGAGGUCCUGGACAUAUAGUCGAAAUCGACGAGAGUUGUUUUGGAAAAAGAAAGUAUCAACGCGGACGUGUUCUUAGGGCUCAACAGUGGGUUUUUGGUGGUGUUGAUCUACAGACAAAGGAGUGCUUUAUGGUAGAGGUUGACCAACGUGAUGCACUUACAUUAAUUCCAAUCAUUCAACAAUUCAUUCGACCAGGAAGUAUUAUUCAUUCCGAUCAAUGGAGAGCGUACAAUUCCUUACAAAAUGAUCCAGCAUACGUGCAUUUUACUGUGAACCAUUCUGUUAAUUUUGUGGAUCCCGUCACCAGUGUUCACACCCAAAACAUCGAGAAUAGUUGGAUGAGGGUGAAAUGUCGUCAAAAAAAGUAUCUGGGUAUACAUCGUACUUUAUUAUCUUCUUACCUACAAGAAUAUAUGUGGCGGCAAAAAUUCGGUGAAACUCCUUUUAAACAUUUGGUUGAACAAAUUACUCAGAUUUAUCCUGUUUGA